CAGUCAACGGUCUACAACGUUCCGCGUCGGGUGCAGGUGCUGCCGCGUUGGCUCGUCGGGUUCUUCGCGUUUUCGGGACUCGCUGGUGAAGUUUAUUUUCGCAGCCAAUCUGCUCUAAAAUGAACGACUUAACGUGCUGGAUUUAAUUAAACCCAAUUGCACCAAGUGAUCUGCUGGCCGGGGUGACGACGAGUGUGCAAAUGAAGAUAAUGGGUUUAGUAAUCAAUUUUAGUGCCAGGUUGGCGAGGGAGUGAAUCGUGUAGUGAAAAGGAGAAGUUUGUGCACCCCCAAGUGUCCUCGAAAGAGAAAUUAAACGAAAAAGUUUUUUGUGGAAAGUUUGUGUUCUUUGCAAGUGGUUUCAGUGAAGUAUGCUUCGGGAAGAAAAGCAUAUUUCGGCGUUUCAGUAAGUAUGAAGUAGUAAGUAUAAAAGCGUAGUGUAGCGUGCAAACUAACGUUCCGAAACAAAAAGUAAACCGUCGCACCAAAUCCCAUCAGUUGACUUUCAGUGAGUUUAGUGUUCUCAGUGCCUUGUGAAACCCCCCACCGUUGUGAAAAGAAUCCCCCCAAACACCACCGAAGAUGAAAAGUACUAUCCGGUCGUCAAAUAAAUGGAGGCGAAGCGAAAGCAGCACAUACCAGCAGUCCUCCCCCAGCAGCCCACGGGCACGGUUCCACGACAGCUGCAUUCGCCUCUGAAGGCCCCCACGCGCGCUGGUGGUGGUGGUGGUGGCCCAACCGUGCACAAGCGAAAACCUUCGGCCCUUGCCAAUCGUGACCAGCAGCUGCCGGGCAGGCCGAAGCAUACGGUCAAGUUUAAGGAACAGGGCGACCAGGAAAUCCUCGUAGUGACAGUCGAACCCCCGUUGACCCCUUCGCCGGGAAGCGCUCCACCGUCGUCCUCGUCGCAAUUGACGACCUGUCAGCUACCGGCGCUUGCCACCACAUCGGAGUCUUCCGACCGGCCCGGUACGGCGGCCGCCAAACACAGAGGGGGAACACCCUAUCCCAGUAAUACUGGGUCCGACCACCCGCCCGGCGGACGACAGGAAAAAGUUAAAUCAACCGAACGGAGCAGCAAGAGUGCAGCAAAAAAGUCGGCGACGUCCGGUGACGCCGUCCGCCACCAGCAGCACGGUCAACGGCUCUCGGAAGGAUGUACGACGCUUAUGUACGCCUGCCAGCAGGGUCUCACCGAGGAAAUUGUUAGGGAAUUGCGCGAAAAGCCGGACGUAGUCCAUCGGCGGGACCGGAACAACCGCGGGGCCCUUCACUACGCCAGCAGCUCGAAGGACAUCGUGGCCGCGGCCAGCGUCGCAAUGGUGGCCCCGGAACUGAUCGAACAGGCCGAUGAGGACGGGUUCACGCCACUGCAUCUGGCCGUCAUACAGGGCAACCUGCAGCUGGUCAACCUGCUGCUGGCGAACGGGGCCGACGUCAACGCGCUCGACAACGAGGGCCACUCGGUGGUGCACUGGGCCACAGUAUGUGGCGAAGUGGAAGCCCUCCGAUCGGUACUGGCAGCUGGAGCCGAUGUAUCCACCCCGGACAUCAACGGAGGCAGCCCGCUGCACUACGCUGCCCAGAUGUGCGGCGCCAACUACGAGGGCAAAACGGCCCGUGCCUCGGCCAAACUGGCACUGGAAAUUCUCGGCACCCUGCUGGCCCAUCCGGAUACUUCGGUUGAAGUGGAGGACAAGGAUGGCCGCCAACCACUACUCUGGGCGGCAUCGGCUGGCUCUGCCAAAGCUGUCCUGGCUUUGAUUAAAGCCGGUGCACAAGUCGAGAGUGCAGAUAAGGAUGGACUAACAGCUCUUCACUGCGCGGCAUCUCGAGGACAUACGGAAUGUAUAGACACGUUGAUUAAUCUUUGUGGAGCGCAUACCGAUCAGAUUGAUUCCAAUGGGUGCACAGCACUGCACUACUCUGUGACGUUGGGUCACGCAGACGCUACCUCUUUGUUACUCAAAUUGGAAGCCGAUCCCAAUCGGCAAGACCGGAAAGGUCGUACUCCGGCCCACUGUGGCUGUGCAAAAGGACAAAUAGAAACGGUAAAAAUCCUGCAUGUUAAAAAGGGCAAUCUUUGGUUGCGAAACGCCAAAGGUGAUUUUCCGGUUCACGACGCUGCUAGCUCUGGGAGAAGACAGUUGGUACAGUGGUUGCUUCAAAUGAAACCAAAGCAUAUCAACACACCAAGCAACGAUGGAAGGACUCUGUUGCACAUUGCAGCUGGGCACGACAACGUAGAUAUGUGUAAGCUGUUGCUGGAAUCCGGAGCAGAGAUGAACCACUUGUACAGACCGGCAAAAGGCUCACCGAUGACACCACUUGACUAUGCUCUUGUCAAGGGCUUCCGAUCGACGGCAAAGUUUCUGCAGAUGCAAGGAGGACUACCAGCAAACAAGCUACGCAUGUCCAGCCGCCAACAGAAAAUACUUCCGGACAUCGAUAAGGUGGAACCACUGAAACUCACCGAGAAGGAGGAACUGAUCGACUUGAAGACUUCUAAGAGAUACGUGGUUUACAUGAAUUCAAACUCCGAGUCCGAAGGUCAAGACGAACGAUCACACCGCAAGAGCAGACACAAGCGAAAAGGAAGUCACCGAAGUCGAAGAACUAGUAGCUGCAGUGACACCGUGUUCCUCUACAGGGAAGGAGCAGCGGAUAUUAGUCGUUCACGAAGCAACGUCGAAUUGAACCGAAGUCAUCACCACAGGCACCGCCACCGAAGCAGUAGUUCCUCAUCAGCUUCCACCAGCGAAACGUCUUCAGAUGACUGCUGUAAGCACACCAAACGCAGGCACAAAUGCUACAAGAAGUGUUCAUCGAAAUCGGCCAGAUCGAAGGAUCGAUCGCACAGGGAAAGGGAUCGGGACCGUGAAAAGGAACCCAAGGAACCGAAAGAGUAUGAGUUUAUGUAUGCCGAGCAACGCGAACCUGGCAAGCCACGAAAGGCAGGGGAGCGUACGGGAAGAAUUGUUUUGAAACAGGUGCACAGUGGAUCGUCGGAAAACGAGUCCCCGGAAAGUGACAGACGCGGCAGUUCACUGCGACUGACGGGAAAAACAGGUUCAUUGCUGACAGUUCCAACGGAGAUGUUGGGGAUGCCAGACGAACAAUCACUGCCGAAACAACCACCAAGAGCUGAGUUCAAUAUCCGUAAGGCGUCGGAUACGAAAAGCGAUGACAAGUCCUCGGAUACAAGUGUGAAAAAGGUGAAGAAAGGCAAGGGAAAUGGCAAAAAGGGUAAGGCAACGGGAAAGGCACACGCGAAGAAAACCGAUUCUCCCAGUGAGGAGGACACGAAGGAUAAAGAAAAACUACAAGCCGGGGAGAAAGUAGUGACGGAAGCGCAGGUGCAUCCGGUUCCGGAAAUUAUGAUGAAGUCCACGGAAGACGAUGGAGCAGCAACGGAUGCAACGUAUACAAUCGAUCAAAAAACAAAAUCGGAUAACGAGGGGUUUAGUGAAUCAGAGACUGCGGAUAAGGUAAGAGGGAAAGUGAAGGAAAAACCGGAAACAAUAGUGGAAGCGAAAGAAGAGGCAGCGCAAGAAGUUUCACAAGCGAUCCCUUUAGAGGUAAAGGAGGAGGUGGUACCGGCUCCAAAAAAGGAAAGGCCAAAGCUAAAGUCAAGCAAGGACAGUAGCAGCAGCCGAUCGAGCAAAUCCAAGUCAGAUUCGUCGGAGAAGGAAAUGCCAAAACCAAAAUUGAAGCCGAAACCUAAGGAAGAAGAAACAACUCCUGUUGUGGCUGAGCCUGAGCCACAGCCACCAUUACCACCUCCUCCUGCACCGGAACCAGAACCAGAAAUACACGUUGUGCCAGAACAAGAACCUACUUAUGUGGAACCUCUAAUAGUUGUGGAAGCGGCCAAGCCUGAGGAGGAACAACCUCCGGCUGUGGUGCCAGAUACUGAACCUGUUGCUGCAGCUGCCGAAGGUGAAGCAGUUGUGCCACAAGAACUUCAAGUAGCAGAGCCGGAGCCACCUGAGCCGGAACCUGGACCAGCACCGGAACCAGAACCAGAACCUACACCAGAGAAAGUAACCGAACCCGAACUUGAACCCGUUGAAGAGUCACCAACGGAAGAAAAAAGCUCUGAAGUCGAAGAAUCACCUUCGAAGUCAAGCGAAGAUCAAACCGAACAGCAACCAUCAGAACCCGAAGAACCACCAAAAACCGAACCGAGUACUGAUCAGGUUUUACCCAGUGAACAACUGCCACCCAUUUCGGAAGAAGACACUGAGAAAAAAGUUAGCUUCGAUAGAGAGCGGCCAAAAUUAAGGAGGUCAGCGGAGUCUUUGGUGGAGCACGUCGAGGAAGAAGAAGUUCGAACGGAAGAGGAUGCCGUAGUACCAUUGGCAGCAGCUGCUGCUGUAGAUCAAGAAAAAGUCGACUCAACAAGAGGAUUUUACGUGAGCCUCGCAGAGGGCGAAGAGGGUGAUGAAAAGAAAAAGCGUAAACUGAAGAAGCGGAAAUCCAAGGAAGACAAAGCGUACGAAGAAGCACAAGGCAGCAAGGAUCAGGAUUCUGGCUUUGAACCAAGUCCACAGUCAGUGCGCAGCAAAGCAACGGUGUUCGACCGACCAACGAGUACCGCUGUAUUGACAAAGAGGCCUGCAUUUACGAUGGUAGAAGAACGGGCGGUCAGUUCGAGACCGGACGGUCGGAAGCCUGGUGACAAAAAUGCGGUCAACAUGACGACCGUGCAGCAGUCCAUCCAGCGCAACAUUCGGAGAUAUUACAUGGAGAGGAAAAUUUUCCAACACCUGCUCGAGCUGAAAAGCCUGCAGAUCCGUUCGACCAAGGUGAACGAGAGUGCGCUCGUGAAGCGGGCCGUCGACGACUAUCACAAAUCGACGAUCGAGCUGGGCUACGAGACGGGCUCGACGCUGAAGCGCUACCCCUACUCGGAGUACUCGUUCAAGAACUUCGAGCUGUUCCUGUACGACACCCUGAAGAGCCUGCAGAAGCGCGAGACGUACAACUUCCAGAACAUCUCCGAGGUGUACGACGAGGCGGAGCGCCGAUCUAGCCCCGACGUUAGUAGAUACGAGCGAGCCUUGAACUGCACCACCAAGACUCACCGCUGCCUUCAUGCAACCCAUGCAUACACGGGGAUCCCUUGCGCAGCCUACAUUCCCAUGAUGAACCACCACACGAUGCCCAAGCUCGGAUUUGGCCAGUACAAAUCGUCAUCCAGCGGGGUUGGGAGCUUUUUCCUGCCGAAAAUCCUCACCAACCCCACCGACCCGAGUUGUCCCGGGAGUAGCGCCAGCUAUCUGACACCGUUCGGCGGCGCCGGCGCAAGCAAGGUAGCCCUCGAGUUGACCCACGGUAGCAACAAACAGGGAAGUCCGCGGAAGGUCAGCCUCACCCCCAGCAGCAGCAGCCCGCUUCCAUUGGCCAACCAAGGCAGCAGCAAUCCGAACACGCUGGUGAUGCCCAGCAUCCGGCCGAACGGCAGCAACAGCAGCCCCACGCAGGCUCCCUUCCAGCUGUUGUAGAGGAAGAUUCGAAUCUCGAGUCGAGUUCGGGGCCGUCCCCCUUGGGGUAGCAGCUUUUACAAAGUGUGCAAUCGUACUGCCACAAUUGUUCCAAACAAUUGCUCUUUAAAAUGUGUAUUUUUCGAUUCAAAAUUAUGGCUCUAUAGCCAGUUGUUCAGCGAGAUAUUACCCAAAUAUGUUUGUACCGAGGUAUCGAUUGGCGUGUUGAAAUUUUAGAAACUAUUCUGAACCGACUUUGUUGUCGGCUUAGGAAUCUUAUCGUGCAAUGUGUAGGUGGCUUUAAAAGUGAUUGUAAAAUGUAGAAUUCAUUUUAUUUUAUACUGUUCUGUUUGUUCAUACUAACUCUUAUGUAAAUAUCGAAAUAUACAGAAUUCUAUACAGUAAUAUUUGGUGAGCCCGGGUCAUACCUGGGGGAACCAGAUGG